AUGGCGAAGUCACGCGGCUACCUCAGACAUCACCGCAAGCUCAGAGAGGCGAAUCGCGCCAACAGGAAGAAGCUGAGCCUCGCGCACGUUGCUAUAGUGGUGAAAGAUCAUGGCGGCGCACCUCGGGGUUCUGUCCAAGCGGUGGUGUUGCACAGACACGCAUCGGAGCCGAAACGGAAGAAUAAGGAACGCCACCACAAGCAACGCAACGGCGCUUCGCAUCAAGCUCCAGGCUCAUACUCUGCCGGCGAGACUCAUGUCGGAGUGGACGGUAUUCAGAUGGAUCCUGGAGACAACGUCAACCUCGAUUCUGAGGAGGGCUCAAGUAUGUCGGACGACCUGCACCAGAGCUCAGCCAACGUCUCGAAGGACGAGACGAUGGUGCCGCAAGAAGGAGCAACCCAAACGGUUGUGCACAAGACUGCCGAUGACGAAGGAACUCCUGCUGAGAAGGUGCUUGGUAUCUAUGAGUUUUGCGAGAACAUCAUGCGUAACCCAUCGGCUGAGGAUAUGUCCAACAUACGUGGGCUGAACAGAGACGUGUAUGCAACGAUUCUCGAUUCCAAGACACUUCGUACGACCUCAUUUCUGGAGCCAAUGCCCAAGAAUCAGCAGGAGUUCUGGCUCCACUGCGACAAGUCCAUCUAUCCAAUCGAAGCAGAACGGAUCCCCGACCACGCUACCCUCUACCACGAUAACGAUGAACAGCUCCUCUUACCAAGACAGCUGCACCCUCACGUCGCUGGAGAUCACCGCCAUGCCUGCGAUAGCGGACACCUCAAGUGUCAAUUCGGAUCCCUCCUCAAAAGCUGCCCGCAAGCCAACGGGAAUCUAUCACUCUGUCUACAGGUAUUGUCCAUGCAGUCCCCUGCGGCUCUGCCACAGCUAUCAGAAGAAGGAGACAGAAUUGGGUUCGUCAGCGUAGCCUUCCCCCGAUUUGUUGCUGGCGAGUCAAGCUUCUUGGACGAUAGCUUACUUACCCAGCCGCCUUCCAUCUCGGUCGUCAUAGCUUAUAGCGUCACCAGUGAUAGCGGAUCUAUCGUGCACCGAGAGUUCAUGGUAGCCAAUUUCGACGGCGUGACAAUUGGGAAUGUGAGGCGGGCAGCUGGGCAGUGCGAGCAUGGAGAGGCGGCACUUCGUGGCGAUAAGGCUGGCUUGAUGGUGUUGGAUGAGGAGGGACGUGUAGUGCUGCCGACGUGGGACCAGACGAGCGCGAUGAAGCGGUAUGGUUCGCUUUAUUGCAUGGAGAGAGUCCAUCAGUGGAAUUUUACAUAG